AGUUCUUGCCUGUAUCGCAGCGGGUUCACGUUGAACGCUGAAGCUCACAACACUGCCAGUGUUAAAGUAGAUAAGUGGCUACGAGCUAACUAUUUAUAGUUGUAUUAUUCUCAGCUACAUCUUAUCUCAUAACCAGGCCGACCUAAAACAGCGGUACACAUGGAGCUGACUUGGGAGGACGUCCCGCUCCCAGCCCCAGACUGUCUAGUAUUUAACAGAGACCUUUAUGAUAAGUUCUCCCUGGCGCCGACCAUCAAGGGACUGUGGGAUAUCGCUGUUGGAAGUCCCACAGUAAAGGUUGACGUGAAGGAGCAGUUACAGGACCCAUCAGGACCAGCCAAGCUCCCCUCUACACAGAACCAGUCAAACAGCAGCAGUAACAUAAAUGAUGAGAGGAGUGGUACCGGAGAGUCCAGUUCUGACAGUCAGGAUGAGGACAGUAAGGUUCAUCGCCCGCCUGCUAGUGAGGCAGUCUCCAGACAGGGACCCAGUCACCCUAGGCCCUCCGGCCAGGACCCCAGCCUUCCCGGCCAGGUACCAGAGUUGUUCCCGGAGCCCAGGAUUCCAUACCCCUGUUUCUCCAGACUCACCAGUAAAGACCAGCUGACAUAUCUCCAUGUGUUGACCAGCAAACAGCCCAGAGAAGCUUCUCAGACUCUGUUGCUGAAUGUGAACAGUGAGAGGUCAGAGUUCAUGAGGUACCUGCAGGAAGUGGCCAGGAUGUGUCCCGACGACUACAACUACAUAUCCCAGGGGGCCGCUCUCUACUCAGAGGAGUACCUGAGAGCCUGUCUCGACCAGAUCAGGAGGCUUCCUCAACUCUAUCAGAUCCAUGAGAUUACCAGCCUCACAGGAGGAAACUUCUCCUCCAGCCUCCAGCUCAACUUUGAGAAACAGCUGCUCACUAUGGGCGAGGUGCUGAUCACAGACCACAAAGUGGUGCCGAAUGAAGCGCAGUUGGCAUUUGACUACGAGACUGUUUCAUCAGAUAUUCCUCCAGUCAAGAAAGCAAAGCUCUCGCACUCUGGCGUCAGUACUGACAGUAAUGCAGAGAAGCUGAGUGGUCGGUAUGAACCCCAUGUUGUCCUGAGUAGAGAAAGUCUGGUCAGACUGCUGGACAACCAUGGUCCGGACUUCACUGAUCCCUGGGAGUUACCUGUAGUGGUCAAAACCAAUCCUGGAAGAGGCAGUAGCCAGAGUAAGACGGUGUUCGUCGACCCUCCGCUGCUGCAGACGGAGUUGACGGUGAGAGAGAGGAGUCAGCUGUUCCACGAGGAGAGCAUGAAGCUGUCAGUCAACAAGACUGGAACCAAGAAUGUCUUCCACCUCAUGACUGAGACUCCAGCUAUGAACAAACAACUACCUGCUGAGAGCUCUCAGAGGAGGCUGGUGUCAUUUGAGACCUCUGGUCUGGACUUUGGACUGGAUCUCACAGACCUAGAAACAUUUGGAGAAGCGACUCAGUCCCCCAAGAGGCUGAAGACCCAUAAUCUACAGAAAGACUUGGUCAGUCAGCCGAAAGACUUGGUCAGUCAGCCGAAAGACUUGGUCAGUCCGCCAAAAGACUUGGUCAGUCCGCCAAAAGACUUGGUCAGUCCGCCAAAAGACUUGGUCAGUCCGCCGAAAGACUUGGUCAGUCCGCCGAAAGACUUGGUCAGUCAGCCGAAAGACUUGGUCAGUCAGCCAACAGACUUGGUCAGUCAGCCAACAGACUUGGUCAGUCAGCCAACAGACUUGGUCAGUCAGCCAACAGACUUGGUCAGUCAGCCAACAGACUUGGUCAGUCAGCCAACAGACUUGGUCAGUCCGCCAACAGACUUGGUCAGUCAGCCUAAAACCAAGUCUAAACAGUACAGUGGGACCCUGGUUAAAGAGGAAUCUAAGGCCAGCAGAACUCCGGAUGAAGAGGGGAACUUAUUCUGGACAAACAGGACGGUGGUUUCAGAGACAGAGGAGAGAGAGCAGAGCUGUGCUGAACAAUCAUUGGCUGCUACUGUCCCUUCAGCCAAUCAGCUGAAACCUGGCUCUGUUCAGGACUCUGAGGAGCAGUUUUCCUCAGGCGGAGACUCGGAAGACGAGCGCCUGGUGAUUGAUGACCCUGUAUCCCCAGUCUCCACCACCAACAGGUUACCCCCAGCCAUGAUGACCCAACUCUCCCCAACACGUCAACAGGACACCCCUCGACCCCCCUGUGCCUCCUCACCGCCACCCCUCGCCCCUCUCUGCCUCCUCACCACCACCCCUCGACCCCCCUGUGCCUCCUCACCGCCACCCCUUGCCCCUGGGACAAGGAGAGUGGCCAGGAAGGCUAAGGUACCAGGGGGCUGCGACCAGCUGGAUCAGAUCCUAGCCAUGCAGAAGGCCAUGCUCAAACCCAAACCCAACCAGACCCAGGACCCAGCCAGAACCUGCUCCUCCCAGGCCGCAGAACCCCUCUCCAACCCAAAUCCCCAGUCGCUGGUGAAGCCCAGCGUGUCCAAUUACCUGGACAGUACCCAGGAUGGAGAGACAUAUGUCGACGCCCCUUCUCAACCUGGACCAAUAGACAACAGGAAGACUGUACAACAGAAACGGCUGCUGUGUGAGGAUCUCAUGGGGGGUGCUGAGGAUGAGGAGGACUAUUUGAGUCCAGAGGAAGGAAACCUGCUGUAUAAACUGUACAGUUUACAGGACCUGCUGCUGCUGGUGCGGAGUGAUGUUUAUCUGGCACACACUCGCAGGCUGGGCACCAGCAACAAGGUAGUCCCUGUCUAUGUCCUGUCCAAGAUGGAGUACCAGCUUUCUUAUGGAGUGGAGAGUCUAACUAAGACUGAGGCCUGCCGGCUGUGGGCUGAGACACUACUACACUCCAGCACUGUCCCCUAUAUAGGUCAUAUCAGUGCCCACACAUCAAAGGUAGCUCUGCUCCGGAAGCUGCCAGAAACCUGGAAACCCAACGCUUCCUGUGACUUCAAACCAACCAAGUCCCUCAACAUACUGCAUCAUCUGCUGAAGAAGAUCACUGGGUUAUCCGAGGGCCACUAUCUGAUUGGUCAUAAGGCAGGGGAGCCCUUCGUAACCAUCUUCAAGGCAGUGGAGGGGCGGAGGAUUGUCCGAGAGGCCUAUGACCUGCAGCAGACCCAUAGCAGCGUGCCCCCUCCCUCUGCCCUCGGCCCUGUACCCUGGGUACCGCUGGACCCCACGCUGGUCCUACCCUUCCACCAGAAACACAGCCGGCCACCCUGUACCUUCCCCCCUCCAGACCUGCAGCAACACAAGGCAAGGAAGGGCGGGGCUGGAGAACCAGGGAAGCCGGGACCAAGUAAAGGGAUGGCAGGGCCAGCUAACCCCGCCUCCAGCCAGGGAGCGAAGAAGAAGAAGAAGAAGAAGAAGAAUAAAGGGAAGAGAACACAGAGGCGAGACAAGUGGAUGAAGAAGCAGAUCCAACGCUCUGUCCAGCAGAACAGCCCUUAGGACCACUUACAGAACCAUCUAUAAAUGUUAUUGGUCACGUACUCAUGUUUAGCAGAUGAUAUUGCGGGUGUAGUGAAAUGCUUGUGUUUCUAGCUCCAACAGUGCAGUAAUAUUUAACAAAUAAUAUUGAACAAUUUCACAAUUGUUAGAUGUUACUUGUUAGAUAUGUAUGUAUAGAACCAUUACAGCAUGGCGCUUGCAAUGCCAGGGUUGUGGGUUCGAUUCUCAUGAGGGACCAGUACGAAAACGUUUCCUCUGGAUGAAAGCGUCUGCUAAAACGUUGAGUGGAUUGGUGUAUUUUUUUGCUCAUUAUAUUUUGUACUUUUUUUUAUUAUUUAGAUUAAAGCGUUUAAUAGUCACAUGUGCAGGGUUGCAGGUGUGAUUAGAGUACAGUGAAAUUCUUGAGCUCCUAUAUAUAUUAUUUUGACAGUUUGUGUGUGUAUAUAUAUAUAUAUAUUACACACAUAAACUGUCAAAAUAAUAUAUAUGUAUAUGUACAUUAAAUGUCAAAAUAAUAAUAUAUAUACACACUAACUGUGGCAAUGAGUAAGAACAUUUAAAACCCUAGAAUGUUUUGAAGGAACUUGAGGCGAGACGCCCCCCUUUGUAGUGAAAAUACAGAAAGAUAAACUAUUGAAUAUUACAUUUUGUCAUGCUUUGGAGAAGCUCAAUAGCAUAUGACUUUAAACAUAUUUUGAUCGAAUAAGA